CUAUGAUGGAACCUGGUCUGUCACCUUCCACAGACCCUCUCCACCUCAACACCAAUAGCUAUGUCAAUAACAGUAACAGCAGCUGGAGUGGCCUCAUCGAUGCUGACUCACUGAAGAGCAAUCACACCCUGACCCUCCACAACGCCCUGCUGGGGGUCUCGUUGGGAUUUCUUUCUCUCCUCACGAUCAUGAUGAACCUGCUCGUCCUCUACGCCGUGAAGAGAGAGAAGAGCCUCCACACCGUCGGGAACCUCUACAUUGUCAGCCUGUCUGUGGCAGAUCUGAUCGUGGGGACCACAGUUAUGCCUCUAAACCUGGUGUAUUUGUUGGAGGAUGAAUGGAAGCUUGGACGGGCUGUCUGCCAAUUUUGGCUUAUUAUGGACUACGUGGCUAGCACAGCCUCAAUUUUCAGCUUGUUCAUCCUGUGUUUGGAUCGGUACCGCUCUGUCAGACAGCCGCUUAAGUACCUGAAAUAUCGAACGCGGGGCAAAGCCACCAUGAUGAUUUCUGGAGCCUGGCUGCUGUCGAUGAUGUGGAUUAUUCCAAUUUUAGGAUGGAGGUCUUUCACUCAUGUAGACCUUAAACCCGAAGAGGAGAACAAGUGUGACACGGAUUUCCGCUUUGUCACGUGGUUUAAGGUUGUUACUGCCGUCUUUAACUUCUAUGUACCCUCAAUUUUGAUGCUGUGGUUUUACACGCACAUCUACUUGGCAGUACGGCAACAUCUCAGGGACAGAGAGAGAAUCAUUCAUCCAACCGACUCGUUUGGGGAAAAUGAGAAUGGACAAAAUGCCCAAACGCCUGUGAAAAUUGACCCUGGAUCGCCUAAGAGUAAAUGUAAUGUUCCAAUGAAACUCUCUAAAAAACAACGCUUGUUGGACCAGAACACUCUAGAUCAGCCAUAUUCCCUGGAAGAUCCCAAUAAAACUAAAACCUCUUCUUUCAGAUCUCACAGAAAAAUUGGUGUAAAGUGCCAGCAGACGUCAUUGCUUGCCAUGACAACAAAACGGCUCGGAAUGGGAAAAAAGGUCAAAGGCUGCUCGUUGUCCCCUGAGGGGAAGCAGUUAGAUAUUGAGAUUCCCCUGAGUCGACCUUCGGUGCCACAUGACGUUAUUUGCACAGAGGGGAAUAAUGAGAACAAACUCCAAGCGUCUUUAAAUGAAUGUCAUGUCACAGUGCCAAAGUCAGUGAGUGGAGUCUGUGAUAUCAGUCAGGUUUCAGACAUGCAGAGAUACACCUCCACGCUCUACGACAACUACGACCCAAGUCCCGCUCUGCCCUGGACCGAGGAAGGGGUCGAGGUUGACAAAUUAGACCCGGCAAAUGCCACGACUCUGAGACAGACGUGGCAACGGUUUAUUGAUCAAUCACGUCAACGUAUCCAAAGCCUGAGGAUCCACAAGGAGCACAAGGCAGCCAAGCAGUUGGGGUUUAUAAUCGCUGCUUUCUUGUUGUGUUGGAUACCCUACUUCAUAGCUUUCAUGGUAAUGGCAUUCUGCAGAGAGUGUGUGCACCAUGACCUUCACAUGUUCACAAUAUGGCUAGGUUACAUCAACUCCACUCUCAACCCUUUCAUAUACCCGCUGUGCAACGGGAACUUCAAACGAGUCUUUAAAAAUAUUCUCAAGAUUCGUUUUUGACAGAUAGUGACAGGCAAAUCAUGGGUGAGAAAUGCUGCUGAUAUUCACAGAUAGAGAGGGGACAUCUGUUAUCAAUUAAAUGUCUUAUACAUUUGUGAGCUUUUUAAGUGCCGAUGAAAUUGUAAAUGUUUUUGAGUUUCAGUUAUUUCAGUUUGUUCGAAAUCUUAUUUUUCGAACCUACUGCCCUCCGAUUCAGACUCAUGGCAACCGUUGGGGAUAAUGUCUGACAUGAAUGUUAUUUAUUGUGUCUAUGUUAUGAUAAUGAUAAGAAAGUGUGUCCAAGACCAGAGACCUUUAAACUCUAAAGAAUUUGAUCUGUCGCCCUCGGUAAACAGGAUCAUGAAUCUAGUGUAUUGGCUCUCUGGUGCAGAACGGAGGAAAACUAUGUACAAAAAUGUAUUUUUCAAGAAAUCUUUUAUUUAAUUGUUUUGCACUAUCAAUGUACAGAACCAGAGAUAUAACAUGAUACAUUAUAUAUUUUACAUUUUACAAACAUGCAUUUGUGAGCAUUUGUCACAUUGUUGUUUCAUAAAUGAAAACAGGAUAUGGGACAUUAGUCCUUCUAAUGUCAGUCCAGAGAAAACACAAAUCCUGCCAAGUGUUUGUUGAGCUGUUACCCCAGAGAGGCUGCUUUGGGAUCUGUUCAGUUGGUCCUUUAUUUCACCCUUUUAUUUAGAGUUUUUAAUAAAGCUUUGAACGAUAUAUUUGUGUUUUAACACAUCAA